AAAAUAAAAGUGCAGACGAGAACAAACCAAUGGUUAACACUGGCCACAUCGAACUCGAUCGCUAUUGGUAACCGUUGUGUCAACAAAACUUUUUUGUUUACAAAUGGCCACGGGUGACAAAUUCAAAUUUGAAACACGUAUUUGUGAUAUGAAUAGUGAUUUUUUAUCAUUAAUCUAGUUGUAUAUGUCGUGUUUAAUAUGGGUAAUUGUCUGGGAAGUAUUUUUCGGCGUCGAAACCAGCGUCGUCACAUCGUGCUGAUACUAAUCGGAUUGGAUAACGCGGGAAAAACGAAAACUGUGAACAAUUUGGCCGGCGAAAAGGAUGAUAAGGUUUUGCCGACUGUGGGGUUUAAAGCUGUGAAUUUAGUGCAUAAAGAUACACCUGUGACGAUAUACGACUUGGGGGGAGGGCCGCAUUUUCGUCAAAUAUGGUCUCAGUAUUAUAGCGAAGUGCACGGUGUGAUAUUCGUCAUCGACUCGAGUGAUUUUACACGGUUGGACGAAUGCAGAGCCGUGCUUGAAGAGGUUUUAUCGCACGACAAAAUAUCAGGCAAACCCGUGCUGGUGCUAGCGAACAAGCAAGACAAGUCUGGAGCCCUAGACGACAUCGAUGUGGUCGACAAACUUAAUAUAGAGCCUUUGGUUAAUAGAUACCGAUGUCCAACCCUAGUGGAAUCCUACAGUGCCUACACCGAACACCCAAAGACCAAAAAGCCGAAAAUCGAUCCAGGCCUUCGCAAAGGCUACCAAUGGCUCCUAAACUACAUAGUCAGACGUUACGGGGAUAUAAACUUACGCGUACAAACAGACAUACACGCAGACUUAGAGCGACGCAAACGGAUGCUCAAUAAAGCAUCGAACACCAACUCCCAGACAUUCACAGCAGUUAGUGACGAUAUAGCCACACAAACAGGCUUCGAAAAUCCCAAUUACGAUAUAGAAAAAAGUUCCAAACUUGAUAGUGAUGAGGUCCAACAAGGAUUGAUAGUCGUCAAACCGAUUAAGCACAACCCUAACAGUAUCGAUUCUACUAUCACAAUCGAGAGCGUUGAGGAAUCGGAUGCGACGAGUGUAGCUAAGCCAAAACUGUCACCUUUAUUUGGGCGAGCCAGUAAUUCCACCGUGGAGACGGUUCGGAUAGAGUUGGAACCGAGAAGCGAGUUCAGGAAAUUGUCUCCGAUUGUGAGGAACAAGAGUGGUGCGAAUCAACAUAUCGAUUUCAAGAAUAGGCCGCAGUCGAGUCCUACUUUUAAGAAGCACAUUAAGAUGGAACCUCGAAGCAAGAACACGUCACUCCAAGACGAGGAUCUGAAGCCGGACGGUGACCUCACGUACAUAGGUGACAGAGACCGCACGUGGGAUGGCUCCGAGAAGAAGCAUACUGUGCUGGUCAACGAUGCUGAACUGUCGCAGAUGCAUCGCGAGAUCGUGCUUACUGAACGAGACUACACAAGCAAGACGGCAUACUCAGAGGUGACGCUACAACCGGCCACUCUGCCUCUGAGUCCGCGACCGUCGUCCGCAUCGCAACUCGUGCGCAGGCAGCUGGAACUGUGCGGCCAGCAUAAGCGACGGCUCAGUCUUAGAUACAUGCAACGUAACAAGACGAGUCCGGAGCGCGUGUCGAUGCUCAUGUACGAGUCUAAGGUCCCGCAGCGUCAUCUCGACAAGGGCGACUUCGAACACGCCGCUACUAUCAACUGAUUAAGGUACGCGAAAAGAAAACGAACACAAACGGUACAACAUAACUAGACUUAUAACUGUAGUAGUUUUAUAUUAAGCAAAUAAUAAUAAUUACAUCGACAGGGUAUUGAUAUAAUUAGCAACGGUGCUCGUAUUUUAAUACUUAAUGAGCGAUACACCCCAUUUCUAUAACCCUUUAUGUGUCCGAUCCUUUAAAAAUAUGGUGAUCAAGUAAAAUUAUAUGUUUGUAAGGUUCGCGCCAAUUAACUUUGUAAUUCUGAAGUAAGCUAAUUAGACGCCUUGAGCAUUCGUUCGUACAGAUCUGAAGUUGGCUACUUUUGACUUCAAAAUUGCUAUAAUCAUUGGCACGGAUAUUGAGCCCUGACCUUCACCUGCGCAGAAGUGAUUUAUUGGUUUAUUGCCUUAUGUGUACAGUGCGCAAAGCGAUCCCCACUCUUCCGCCGAGAGCUCAUUAUCCGUGCCGAUAACUAUAAAAACAUAUGAACAAACCAUACAAUUGAGCGUGAGGCUAAAAUUAGCUAACUUCAGAAAGGCAAAGCUAUGUGGCUCAAACUGUUAAGAAGUGAAUUUUGAUUAGGAAUCAAGCCGGAGAUGUUUCGGCUAUCAUAGUUGAUUUAUUAUAAAAUCGAAAAUGUAUGGCUAAAUGUGAUUUUAUUAAUUUUGUCAUAGAAAACUAGAAUUAAACCGUAAACAUUACAAUGCUGAUUUUAUGUACGAAAGUAAUAUUAAUUUUAUAAUAACACACUCCCUUAUGUGGACAGUCGUGUAAAAAUAUAGGAAAGAAACCUAUAUUUAGUCCGAAUUAUAAAUAGCAAAACAUCACCCCCAUAAAAUAUAAUUUAUGUUUCAGAGUCACGACUUUUAUGAGUUUCAGAAGUAAACAUAUCGUAAAUAUACGACGGACAUCUGAAGGGUUUACCUGUUUAUACCAAAAAUAUAUAAAUAAAUAGUACUUAGUAUAUAAUAUGAGCCGUAUAGACUUAUACGUAGGUAUAUAUAUUUAGAUAUAAAUAAAAAUAUAUCGAAUAGAAUAAUUUAGUUUUGUAUUUUGUGUACUACAAGAUAAUAUUCAUAAUAAAAGUUAUGUUAUUUA